AUGGAGGACGAUAGAGUUCUCCCCGGCGACUUCAACGAUGGCAACCGCGCCUUCCUCCAAGCCUUCAUGGCCAGAGGGACCCUCACCCUCCGGGAAGCACAACCAAUCAUAGCCGGCAUAUUCACGGCGCAAGGACGCCAAUUUGAACCAGACCAAGUAACGUCGGAGCACAUGGCAUCUUUCAUCGGUGCCGCAGCUGAGGCCGUCUCCCACUUCGACUACGAGGUUCGAAGCACCAUGCACCAGAAGCUUAAGCAGCGUUUGUGGGCUAUCGUGAACACCACGUCCGACCCCCAGACCCAGCUCGCGACGUUACACACGCCCGAUGAGAUCGCCUUUGUCAAGCGCGUGCUCGACGGUAUGUUCGAGAAGUACAACACCCCGCGCAUGGAGGUCAUGUGUCUGGAUGAGAUGCAGGCCAACAAGCUGCGUAGUGUGCCGAGGGUUGUGAAUGAGGAAGAUGUGGAUGAUGGCGAGGGAGCCGAGAGCCAAACGCAGCUCAAGGGACUCAAGCCGAGCGAGGCUGAGGCUAUGAUGCGGAGUAUGGUCGAGGCGGGCUGGUUUGAGAGGAGCCCCGAGGGACUGUACGGUUUGAGCCCGCGGGCGCUGCUGGAGCUUCGAGGCUGGCUUAUCGAGGCAUACAAUGAUCCCGAUGCUGAGCCGGAUGAGUGGCAGCGGAUCAAAAUGUGCGAGGCGUGCAAGGAGAUCGUUACGGUGGGCCAGAGGUGUGCGGACAGGGAUUGCAAUAUCCGUUUGCACGAUAUUUGCGAGGAUGCUUUCUGGCGCACGCGUAGGGAGAAGAAGUGUCCCAAGUGCGAGACGCCGUGGUCGGGGAAGCACUUUGUAGGGGAGAGGGCUGUUACGGAAACGGAGGCAUACCAGCGCGGCAGAAGACGAAGUGGGAAAGGCCGCAGUUCCAAUUUGAUGGAGCAGAUCAUGGGCAAUGAUGAGAAUGAAGAAGAUGAGAACGGCUUCAUUGAGGAGGAGUGA